AUGGUAUCCUCCAAAGGCAAGCCCACGGACCCCAAACUCCGAGAACAGCUCAAGAACAAGAUCAAGAACGAGGGCAACAAAGACGGCUCAGGAAAAGGACAGUGGGCAGCUUGGAAGGCUACCAAACUUUCGCAAGCCUACGAAGCGGAAGGGGGAGAUUAUGAAAAUCAGCCUGGAUCAAAGAACGAACCUAAGAGUGGUGCACCUCAGCCUAAAUCUGAGAAUAAGAAAACCGCCGAGACCAAGUCCAAGUCGAAAUCUACCACCGAAAACAAGUCUGAG